CGGUCUUUCUUUUUCUUUUAAUUGUGUCAUUUCAAGUUUGAUAUUAUAUACGUGUUUUUUUAUAAUCGUCGACUUUCUGUGUUCUCACGUGAUUGGACGAGAAGUGUUGAAUUUUUCGCUCAUGUAUUUUUACAAUCUGACUCCACUUGUUCCACGUGAAGAAUAAUUUUAUACGGACACACACACACACUACUUACCGCGCGAACACCUAGAGCAAGGAGUGAUAUAUAUUGUUUUUGUUGGCAAAAAAUCUGAGAAAAAGAGCCUCGCAAUCCAGAUCGCAAAAGCAGAUGUUGCACAAAACGAACAUGAACAUUAUUAACGAGUCACCGGAUAUAACGCGAUAAAAACAAUUAUUAUUAUCACGCCGUGACUUGGAUCCUAUUGUCAAGAUCAAACAUAACCUGUAUGCAAUCAGAAUGAAGAACUUUUUAAUUCAGGGAAUGGCAAUAACGUUACGUUUACUAGUCCGUAAUAUAAACAAAACAUUUUACCACAGUAGCUCAAAUGGUUCGAAACAAGUUGUUUCAAAUUUUAAUACAGAAGAAUCCGACAAAAGCGUAACAAAAGAAGAUUGGAAGGUGGAAUUACACAACACCAUGAAGGUUUUUCCAAAUUUUAUUAGUGAAAAAGAGGAAGAUAUUUUGGUUCGAGAAGUAGAUCCCUACAUGAAAAGAUUACGUUAUGAGUUUUCACACUGGGACAAUGCGAUACACGGUUACAGGGAAACAGAAUGGAAAAACUGGAGCGACGAUAGCUCGAAGAUUCUUGAUAAAAUUCGUAGAAAAGCAUUUUCACCAGACAUGGCGCAGCUCCAACUUGUGCACAUAUUAGAUUUAGCUGCUGAAGGGUGGAUAAAGCCACAUAUCGACAGUAUAAGGUUUUGUGGGAGUAUCAUUGCGGGAUUAAGUUUGAUGAGCGACAGUGUAAUGAGACUAACAAUGGAAGGACACGAGAAAGAAUAUACCGAAUGCUUUCUGUUACCAAGAAGAUCGUUAUAUAUUAUGAGCGGCACUGCAAGGUACAAGUACAAUCAUGAAAUUCUUAAGUCAGAAGAAUCAUAUUUUGAAGGACGACACGUACCAAAAACUAGACGUAUUUCUAUAAUAUGUAGAUUAGAACCUGAUCCUGAAAUUAACUAAAUAAUAUUAAGAUGUUUUAUCAUCAUACUUCGUUUUCUGUAAAUAAUUAAAUAAGGUUAGUUAUAAAUAACAAUAAAAGAUUGUUAUUAAAUUAUUAUAUUUAUAAAGCAUCAAGGUGCUUUUCUUGCCUUAAAAUUCUUGAGAAAUUUUAUAUCAAGACUAUUUUUACGGAAAGCGGAAUAUUUAGUGUCCCACAGUGUGUAUCUGAACUUCCCGCUAAAAAAUAAAAUUACAUUUCUAUCGCGCGUUACCAGAUGACGCUGGUACCUUUAUUGUCGCGGCGACAAUCAACAACGUGAACACGAACAUCUUGUCUGACCGUUGUGUUUCUGAACUAUAUAAACAUAUAUAUACAUAUAUAUAAAGCGGUAUCUCUUUCGUGCGAUCACGCAAUCGCGAUUGUUCGAAGUUCCAAUUCAUUCGAGUUAAUUCGACGUGCGCUCCGCGGUUGCGAAUCGAAUUUAGUUUCGUUAAAUGUCACGCGCGGUUUCACCGUGAUUUCGGUACAGCGUCGCGCUCCGGAUCUUCCGACACGUUCGGUUAUCAAAUGAUUUGCGCGUGAGAAUUAUGGCAUCGAUCGAUUUGCCGCGAUCGAGUGAGUCUGCGUCACAAGUCAGUAUCUAAACCUCGAUGUCGCCGCAACCGCGAGGAAGGCCGUAUUAAUAACAAUUCGCAUCAUCGACUGCAUCGUCCAAAAAACGUGUGAUUUCUCAAUUUCUCCCAUAUUCCUUGAGGGAAUCAACACAACGCGCGAUUAACAUAUAGUGCGGUGCCCUGAAUAUCCGGGAAGCGUGACCCCGAAGAUAACUCGAUCAUCGAACAUCGGUUUUUGGUUAAUGAUUGCUAAGCGAGCCAACAUGGACAGGGUUUUCAUCGACGAGGAAACUGGCGAGGACCUGAUCUAUCCGCUUGACGAUUACGUCAUUCGACGUGGCUCAAUCGAGUCGACGACGAUAAAUAACGCGGAGACCGGAGAACCGGAAGUGAACCUCGCCGACUGCUCCACAGUCAAAAGUCACAUUAGAAAAGUCCCGUUUCAGAUACCGCAGAAGAUAAAGGAGACGUUCUC